UAAAACUCAAGAAUUGAAAGAAUGAUGACUUCGGUCUUGGGACCUUAAACUGCUUCCGCUAUAGUCUUCUUCGUUCUUCCUUCGUAGGGUUAGGGUUUUCAGAGUUGCAUUUUCCUUCGUUUUUUUUUUCUUUUCCUCCACAUUCACCAGUGGCCAUGCUUAGCAUCUCCAUAACUAAAACCGCUUUUUGAUUCUAUCCAACGUUUCAACAUAAUAUUGCAAUUCCUCCGUAGUUUCGUUUCGGCAUAUAGCGAAAUCGAAAGAUAUCGAUAUUAUCCUGCGAUACGAAAUCUUGGAAACAAAAGAUGUCGAUGGCUGAUGAGCCAUUGUAUCCAAUAGCAGUGCUUAUAGACGAGCUGAAAAAUGAUGACAUCCAGCUGCGGUUGAACUCAAUUCGCAAGCUAUCAACAAUUGCGCGUGCUCUUGGGGAGGAGCGAACCCGUAGGGAAUUAAUACCAUUUUUGGGUGAGAAUAAUGAUGAUGAUGAUGAGGUACUUCUUGCGAUGGCAGAAGAGUUGGGGGUAUUUGUUCCUUUUGUUGGGGGAGUGGAACAUGCCCAUGUGUUGCUCCAACCUUUGGAGACACUUUGCACUGUAGAGGAAACAUGUGUGAGAGAAAAAGCUGUGGAAUCACUUUGUAGAAUUGGAUCUCAAAUGAGGGAGAGUGAUUUGGUUGAGUAUUUCAUCCCUUUGGUGAAGCGAUUGGCAGCAGGUGAAUGGUUCACUGCCCGAGUCUCUGCAUGUGGACUAUUUCAUAUUGCAUACCCAAGUGCGCCAGAUAUGUCAAAGACAGAGUUGAGGUCAAUAUACAGUCAGUUGUGUCAAGAUGACAUGCCAAUGGUUAGAAGGUCUGCUGCCUCAAAUCUUGGGAAGUUUGCUGCAACUGUUGAGUAUGCUCAUUUGAAGGCAGAUGUCAUGUCAAUUUUUGAAGAUCUUACUAAGGAUGAACAAGACUCUGUUAGAUUGUUGGCUGUGGAGGGUUGUGCUGCUCUUGGCAAGUUGUUGGAGCCACAAGAUUGUGUCGCACAUAUACUUCCGGUUAUUGUUAACUUCUCGCAGGAUAAGUCUUGGCGUGUGCGUUACAUGGUUGCAAAUCAAUUGUAUGAGCUCUGUGAAGCUGUUGGCCCUGAACCUACCAGAAUGGAAUUGGUCCCUGCUUAUGUGCGGUUGCUUCGAGACAACGAAGCCGAAGUACGGAUAGCAGCUGCUGGGAAAGUGACAAAGUUUUGCCGGAUUUUAAAUCCAGAUCUUGCAAUUCAGCAUAUUCUUCCUUGUGUGAAGGAAUUGUCAUCAGAUUCUUCUCAGCAUGUUCGCUCUGCUUUGGCUUCAGUAAUAAUGGGAAUGGCUCCGGUUUUAGGAAAGGAUGCAACAAUCGAGCAACUUCUUCCUAUUUUCCUUUCCCUUUUGAAGGAUGAAUUUCCUGAUGUGCGCCUAAAUAUCAUAAGCAAGCUUGAUCAAGUGAACCAGGUUAUUGGAAUCGAUUUGUUAUCUCAAUCUUUGUUACCAGCUAUUGUUGAGCUUGCCGAGGAUAGGCAUUGGAGGGUUCGGCUUGCAAUAAUCGAGUAUAUACCCUUAUUGGCAAGUCAAUUGGGGGUUGGGUUUUUCGAUGACAAGCUUGGUGCUCUUUGCAUGCAGUGGUUACAGGACAAGGUUCAUUCAAUUCGCGAAGCAGCUGCUAACAACUUGAAGCGCCUGGCAGAAGAAUUUGGUCCUGAGUGGGCUAUGCAGCACAUAAUUCCACAGGUUUUGGAGAUGAUUAGCAAUCCACAUUAUUUGUAUCGAAUGACCAUUCUUCAUGCUAUCUCUCUGCUUGCUCCUGUGAUGGGCUCUGAAAUCACUCGUUCAAAAUUAUUGCCUGUUGUUAUUGCUGCUUCAAAAGACAGAGUUCCCAACAUUAAGUUCAAUGUGGCAAAGGUCCUAGAGUCCAUCUUCCCCAUAGUGGAUCAAUCUGAUGUGGAAAAGACAAUCCGUCCAUGUCUGGUUGAGCUCAGCGAGGAUCCUGAUGUUGAUGUAAGAUUUUUUUCCAAUCAAGCAAUUCACGCAAUUGAUCAUGUCAUGAUGUCUAGCUAGGCAGGAAUCUUAAACAUGCAUUUAGAUUGAAGACUUUUGUGGAGAUGCUCAUAUUUCCACCUAUCAGAAAUACUUGUAUACCUAGCGCUUCUAGCAAUAGUGAGAUGGUUUUUUGUGAGUGACAUCUUGGGCAUUGACGAUGGAUGUGAUUUGUGUGUUCCCAUGUAUACUGGUGUCCGGAAAUUAUGUUGAUUUGUAUCAUGCCAGGUUCUUUAUGUUCCUUGUCCUUAGAUAGAUAGACAGCGAAUAGCCUGUCUUGGUGACUACUAAAAAAAUAAUUUUCAUAUAUUAAGUACUCAAUGUGGGUUAAGUACAAUUAAAUCUAGCAUGUAUAAAUUGUAUUUCACAUUGGGUCAUUGUAUACUUUUGCAAAGAAUAGUAAUUACUC